AUGGGGGGAGAGGAGUUCUUGCCUCUGAUCGCCGUCGGCGGCCGGCCUCCGCCCUCGAACGGCUUGGUGAUACGACGGGGAGCCUCAAGGCUCCUCGUGUGGGCCUGGAAGCUCGUUCUCCCCGUCUUGUUCUCUAUCUUAUCCCCUCCGUUUUCCUGUUCCUUGCCACCUAUGUUGCCACCAUACCUACCGUGGAUCGUCGACAUGGUCAGGACGCUCUUCGCCAUGAAGACCAAGGGUCCUUCGAACCUAGAGUGCCUGGCCCUUCUUCCCCAGCUGAUUGAGGAUCUCAUAGAGUUCGCCGCCGUGGGAGUGGGUAUGAUGUUGGCGUCUUUCCUGCUCUCGUCGUUCACUGUGACGGCGGUGAUCAACGCGCUCGCCAUGGCUUCCAAGGCGGAAAAGGUAACCUUCAAAGAGCUGUUUUACAAGAUCACGUGGAUGUGCAAGGGCCUUGUUGCCGCUCUUCUCUAUGUCAACCUCUUGGCCUUCGCUUAGAUGAUCCUUUGGCUGCUACUUCUGUCUAUUGUCAUCUUGAGCUUCGGCCGUUCUCUUCUGUCGUUUGCCCUCUCCGCCGCAACCAUAAUCUUCUUGGGCCUUGUUCUCCUUCUUUACUUGUAGAUUGACAGGUCUCGAAGGGAGGGAGGACGGUACGGGCUGACGAACGAGUGUAUCAUCGUGGGCAGCAGCAUCUUACCCUCGGUACUUGUGGGCGUGUUAUUUGUAGCCAUUGACAUGGCGUUCUACUGCGAGUGCAGAAAAGCAACGGAGACGGUUCUCGUCUCCGUCAGCUUGUAAACCUCCUCUCUGUCCACGGUUCUCUUCUGUGAUCAGAAAAGAGGGCAGGUUUCUGAUAGGGCCCCGGGUACUCAGUUAGAUGGUGGAAACGAAAACCUGAUAGUUCGAAUAACAAUAUCCGUCUCUGGACUAUUGGGAAAUGAUGAUUCAACUGAGGACGAUCGGACGAUACGAGAGAGAGAGAGAGAGAGAGAGAGAGAGAGAGAGAGAACCAGAAGGACUCCGGGGAGAUGCUAGAAGACGAGGAGGAGGUCAGCCAGCAACCCGCUGUAUCGGUUACUGUUCUCCGGACUGUUGGGAAAUGAUGAUUCAACUGAGGACGAUCGGACGAUACAAGCGAGAGAGAGAGAGAGAGAGAGAGAACCAGGACUCCACGAUAAAAGGGGGAGAUGCUAGAAGACGAGGAUGGGGCGGGGGGAUAACGACCCUUCGAGUGGAGUGGGUCAAACUCUACCAUACGACCCCUACAUCGGGUCAGACUCCAAGACUCUUCCUUGCCUCCUUCAAGCUUGGAUCAUUCCGAGUCUUAUAGACUCCAAGACUCUUCCGGAAUCACCUCUACUUCCAGCUGGCUCAGCUCUAGGGGGUGGCCACGUGGUGACGGUCAACUUCAUUGCCUACGUGGUGUGGAUGAUGAGGCGUGGACCUCAUCACAAGGGACAUGAAAAUGAGAUGUUAAAAGAGAUCAAAUAAAUGAUUUAAAAAUCACAAACACUGUUAUAAAUAGAAGGAGAAAUUCGAAUCUAGCUCAAAAUCAUGUAUGGGAACAAUGGCUAUCAUAAAAAUCACUCAGAAAUGACAGAACUAAUCGAGGAAAGAAGUCACCAGAGAGAUCAGGUCAGCGAGUGUCAAUCGUUGACCUUGGAUCAUUGACCGAAUUAAAUAGUUGACUAUUGACUUCCCCAGAGGCCGUUGGACGUUGGGCAAACGGGGGCUGGUUGUUGGUCGGCUACAGAUCGGAAUCAUCAUAGCUUCUCGGCGGGUUCGGAUCCGACCCAGAAGUUACCCGGUGGCGUGACGGGAACAACCCCGAUAAUGGGUCCGUGGGUAGGAGGCCCAACAGUGGCUCGCCGGUUUUUAUGCCCUAAGCGUCCCGUGAGUGCUGGACCGGACGGCUGACUCGGUGAUCUGAGACGUAGGUGGCGGGGACGGGUGAAACGAAGGUGGCAGAGAGAGUGAGAGAGGGCGAUAGAGAAGGUUGCCGGAAGGCGGUAGUGGCGAAAGACGGAGGUGUAGGCGGCGGAGAACGGUGGAACGGCGGCGCCAGAAGGAGACGGUGGCAACGGCGGCGGCGGAAUAAGACGGUGACAGUGGAGGCGGGUGGAUGGCUGAGUGGUGGCGACGGCGGGAGAAGACGAAUGUGGGGGCGGACGGAAGAUGGGCCGGCGGCAACGAUGACGGACGGUGGGGGUGGAGGAUGAUGGCGACAGCGAUAACACUCCAACCGUGAUCACGGGGUCCUCACGGCCAACUCUAACCGGGGGGAUGGGGUCUCACGACCAACAGCAGACGGCGGAGCUUCCGCAAAGGUAAAUGAAUCUCAAUCACUAAUUGUCUGUCUAAUGACGACGAGACGGGCCUUUUAAAGACCUUACAAAGAAAAACAAAGUAAGUAAAAUAAUGGAAAGCUUAACUAAGGAAGAACAUGUUGAUAAUAAAUGAAAUCUUCAACUUCCGGGCGAAUGUGUUGGCGUCGGGGAUCUCCGGUUGCCCUCUGGGCCCAAAGCUGUCUGGGUCGAGCUUUAGUCCUUUAGUGUGCCGGCUGAAUCUAGAUUGGGUCCCCCGUCUUGCAUCAUGCGCCUUUAGAUAUGGGUGUUAUGAAGACGAGCGUCCCCUCCUGGUACAGCAGAAAUGAAAACUCAGGAGAAGAAGAUGAAAGAUCUAACGUUGUUCGGAUGAAUCCACCUACGUCAACUGUCUCACAACAGUUGCACUACACCACUGAGAGAAGGAAGAACUAGGUCAAAGGACCACUUUCAUUGGUGACUCAAUUCCGCUUUCUGUUCUAGAUGAACUUCUGUGAUCUAGCACUUCUUCCUUCAGCCAACAAGGUAGGUGUCUGAGUCUCUCCUUCUCUCCCAGCAAGGUAGGUGGUUGCAUUGGCGGUGCCUCUGCUUCUUUAGCAAUAGUGCAAGCAACUCCAUCCUCAGUCAGCAAGACAGGAAGCGAUGCCCUGCUCUAAAACCCCCACAAUCAUCCUCUCCCAUCCACCUCUAUUUCUCUCUUUGUCUUCACUCUCAGAGUUCUGCAAAUGACAGAGGCCUCCUUUUAUAUUUGCCUCUCAGACGCCCCACGGGUGGGAAAAGUUGCCACGACCCAAUAGAGGUGCUGGAUCCGUUUCAUGGGAACAGUUAGUGGAAGUUUAUUACUGUUGAGAUAAUGCUUUUGAUGUUGUAUAAAGAAACUGAAAUUAUGUUUAAACGAAAGAUUACAUAAAUUAUAUUAACUUCAUAAAUGAGAACUAAAGGUUCAAUCUUGUAUUUUUUAUGUGAAAAUUAAAGCUAUUAGAUGACAAUAAUUGUCUCCGAAUGAAAUCAGAUCAAUCGAAAGUCAAAUGACGUCAAAACAAGAAGACUUUAAUAAAAUACAUAGAGUGUGUCGACCAAUGUUGACCAUCUUUUGAGAUGUGUAGACCCACUAUGAAGUGUGUCAACCCAUCGUUAGACAAAGGGCAAAAUCAAAACCAAGUUCAACACGUGUGGCAAUGAGAAAAGAUUCAACGUGAAACUUGGCAGUCACUAAACAUAGUCAGCAUAGAAAAUUUUAAAGUGAAGUGACACGUGGCAACCAGUUUGUCACAUGGCACUUGGUAGAAUUAAACCUUAAAAAUGAAACGUGGAUAAGUCAGUCAGCAUGCGAAUGACAGCCGACACAUGGCUAAACAGUGCCUAACAGUCAUAAAAUGCCGCAAAUAAAGUGACAACUCAGAAAAACCUUAAGUAGGAAGAAUUUGACAAAGGCAAUAGUCAAAUUGACACAUGGCAGGCAUCUAUCACAAAGAUGGCAUCUCCUGACACGUAAAAAAAGUAGCACGUCAGAGGGCAUUGACUGAUACAAGGACAGAGCUGAAUUGUCGAAAGGCAACUCUAACAGUCUAGUCAAGGCAAUCUUACAAAGCCUGAAAGCGGAUUGACCCAUGUAAUGGCAUGAAAAAACUUUUAACCGAGUAUAACUUUCUCAUUUGAACUCCAACAAUCAAGUCUUAGAGCUCUACAAGUAUCCUCAUGAACAAGCUUUCAAAAAAAAACUAUAUGACACCAAAAAAUUGCUCAUUGUCUUGCAAAAAAAAUCCUAAGAGAAAGCAAUGGAAUAAGUAUCCUACAUUCAAAAAUUAUUCCUCUACUUCAUUUAAUCAUUUUAAAAUGAUGUAAUGUUCCUCAUUCCUACUCAUAUAAGUGAAAGCACCAAGGGGAGUGUUAGUAACAUGUAAUUGAAGGCUAACUAGGGCCUUGAUGUCUUGUGUCAGGAGAUAGAUCGUGAGAAAUUUUGUUUGUGUAUAGACCCCAAGAAAUAAAUUGUACUCUUUGGAAGAGAAUAGUGUAACCAAGGGUUCAUAUCCUUAAAAAGUGGAUGCAGACUAAGGGUGGCUGAACUGUUAUAAAAAAUUUGUGUUUUGUUCAGAAACUGAAACCUUUGUUUUGGCAUAGAACUCAAGUGUGUCAACCCACCUGAAAACUGUGUUGACCCAUAAACUUCUGGUAGAUCUAUGAAAAUUAAAAAGUUCCUAAACACCACUAAAAUUUAAAAAUCAAUUCACCUCUCAUAAUACAUCUUCAAAGUCAAUUACAAACAUAAUAAUCAUGUUUUCUACUUGGCUCAUUUUCUAAAAUUGCAUCCAUGUCAAACUCUACCACAACCUUCAUAAUUGUUAAUAACCUUGUUGAAGCAAUUUUCACAUGGAUUUUAAGGUGGCCAAGAAAAAAGUAAUGCUUGAACUUCUAUGAAGGGAUAUACUUUGUAAGUGUAUCCAUUGGCUGUGCAACAUAUAAGCCUAUUUUACAGUAAUUAUCUCUUGCAAAAUGACAUCAUGAAAAAAAUGAUGCUUGACAUAGUAUGUUACAUCAUAAUGCUUUAUAGUUAGAUGUAUGAAACUCUUGUUAUCAUGCUACAUUAUAAUCAUUUCCUAUACUUGACCUAGAUUGCUAACCUAGCCUUUUAGUUACAAAACACUAUCUAACUCCUUUCAUUGUCAUUUAUUUUGGCUAUGUCAUUGACAAAUGUAGAAUGCACUGCAAAACAACCUUCUGAGUCAUAGCACAAUUGGAGAAAAUACAGACAUAGUAUGUUAGUAAUAUCCUAUUAUCUUUAUCAUCACUAUAAUCAAAAUCAAUGUAACCAACUAAUUGAUUGAGAUUGAUAUUUAUUUUGUAGAAUAUCAUGCUCAUAUCUGAAGUAGAUAUGAGGUAACAUAGUAUCUAAUUUAUAGCCUUCAAGUGAACCUUCAUAGGAUUUCUCAUGUGAUUGCUAACCACACUACUAAUAUGGAAGAAAUCAGGUCAAGUAUACCAUAAUAUACGAAAAUAUAAUUUCUACUUACAUAUAGAGCAUUCAUUGUUUAUUCUAUCUUUCUCUCUAAAUUUGGUUAAUCUUCAACAAACAAUUUGAAAUGGACUCCUCUCUAGAAUUUAUCGCAUUAAAAUCUUUCAUGUCAAGUCACUUGAGUACCUUCUCCAUAUAUUUGUGACAAAAUCUUUUCAAAGUUACAAUAUGUGUGAAUCUUCAUUCUUGAAGACCUUGUUGUUCUAAGAUUUUUUAUUUUGAAUUCAUCACUCAAUUCAAGUUUUAAUUGAUUGAUUUCUGACAUGUUGGUAGCUAUUAACAUGUUAUCUAUAUAAAAAUAAAUAAAUAAAUAAAUCAUCAACAAGCUCUAUACUAAACCCACCCAACCAUCAUAAUCAUUUCUAGAUAAUUUAUGAACAUAGAUGUAUAAAAUCUUUUGUACCACUAUCUUGAGGAUUAUUUUCAGUCAUAUAAAUAAUUUUUUAAUAGGCCUACAUGAUCUUACUUGUUAGGAAGUUUCAAACCCUAUGAUCAGUGUGUGUAAAAUUUUUUCUCAAGGUCAUCAUGUAAAAGCAAUGGAUUCACAUCUAAGUAGCUCUAUUUCUAAACAAAAUAAAUCAACAAUGACAUGUAACUCACAAAUAAUCUUUUGGUAUAUGUUACAAUAUUAGAAGCUAACUCAUUGAAGUCAAUAAUCUUCUAGUGUGUGAAAUUAUUUUCAGUCAUGUAGUAUUUCCCCUAAAAAGAUUAUUUCUUUCUUAAUGACCCAAUUGGACUAAAAAAUCUUCUAAUCAAAUUAUAAUUUCGCUAUCUUCUAUGUCACGUGCUUCUAAAGAGAUUUAGUCUCCUCUAUCAUAGACAACUAUUUUUUAGAGAAUUUGUCUAAUAUGAUGACUUCUCUACAAAACUACAAUUUUCUCUAACUCAACUUAAUAUGCCAUAGAAAAAUCAAAAUCUAAUGUUAUCACAAGCACACUUCUGCCUAUCUAUUAAUGUGGAUUGUCUUUGAAGGUCAUGUUGUUGUGUUUUACCAUUCUUUAUCACAUCAUCUAUCAUAUUGAGAUUUUUACUCACAUAUUUUAUUGUAGUUUCUAUUGAAAGCUUCACUUCUUACUUUCCUAAUUUGCUACCAACUUGUUCUAUAUAUUUUUUCAUUAAUUUUCUCACACUUGAGGUAUCAUAAAAUCAUUGAAGGUCACAUGUAUUCUAAACAUAAACUUGAGUGUCUGAUGAUUGGUACACCAUGAAUGAUAUAUCUUCAUACCCUAUAUUUAUACGUAUCCUAUGAAAAUAUUAUUUUGUUAUUUUUUGCUCUAAUUUUUCAUUUGUGGCAUAAACAUAUGCAAGACAACUAAAACCUUUAAGGUGAGAAUUAUUCAUGAGACAACUAGACUAUAUCUCCUCUUGAGUUUUCACUAUGGUUGUGGAUAGAUAUCAAUUCCCAUAGUAGUAAGCAGUGUUGAUAACUUCUAGACAAAAUGCCUUUGAUAGACUUACUUAAGAUGCCAUACUCCUCAUUUUAAGAUGGCACUUGUUCCUCUAUUAUGUAACAUUAUUUUAUUGCAGUAUCCAUUUCAUAAUGUGAUGUCAAAUAAUGACUUUCUUAUUGUAUGACUUACGAAAUUCUUUUGCAAAUAAUUUCAUAUCACUCUCACAUACUAAGAUGCUCGAUUUUGUUAUUAGUUUACCUUUUAAUAAAUAUCUCCCAGUACUUGAAAUAGGUAAACACUUCACUCUUUUUAUUCAGAAUAUAUAUGGGACAUUUCUUGAGGAACCAUUAAUAAAGGUCAAAAAAUACAUCCCUCUUUGAGACAAUUGAGCAAGAACCCAAGAUUUCUUCACAAAUUAUAUCGAGACAGGGCUACAUAUUAACUCCCAAAGAUUGAAACAUUUGAAAUUUAUGUCGUCAUUAAUCAUCUCUCUAGACACAUCAUAGUCCAGAAAUUUAGGACAACAUUGUAGUCCAUUUUGGACUCCUUGUAUUGACUCCAAACAUAUGAACGCUCCCAACACCUAUUUGAAUAGUUGAAAAAUAAUUUUUGAUGAGUAAAUCAAUGAUGACUUCCUAUGAACAUAAACGGGUCAAAAUUCUUGGGAGCAUUAAAUGAGGAAAAACCCCAUCUUUAUUUUAUUUUCACAUACUGCUCGGAAACCUCUCUCUCUCUCUCUCUCUCUCUCUCUCUCUCUCACACACACACACACACACACACACACACACACACACACACACACACACACACACACAACGUUCUGCCAGAGCAGCUGGGCCGAGAGCAGGCCCGACGAGCACCUCUGAAGAGCAAGGCGGGUGGUCCAUAAGACUGGCCUUGCGGGCGAAGAGGAGAGAGUAUAUUCUGGAACUUGUCUCUGCGACAGGGCCAGGAAGAAGUCGCCGGCGACUGA